AGCAUUCCGAGUAUAAUGGUGGUUCUCCCGUGCGUUCCAUCACCGAAGAAAUCGACCAUUCGCAAAACCGUAACUAUUCACCUUGCUUUUGUCUUCUUCACACAUUCUUACACCCAUCAACAGCCACUACCAAAGCACGAAGUAAAACAGGAAGAGAAUGAACAUGAACAGAGCAUAGCCAACAGGUCUUACUGGACCAAGGAGAUUCACAGACUCUGUACCAAAGAGCACAACGUGGACGAAGCGCUUCACCUUCUCCAUCGCAUCCGCCUUCGCGGCUACUGCCCCAACUCUCUCAACCUCAGCAGCAUAAUUCAUGCUCUCAGCGACCAUGAUCGCUUCUCGGAAGCCCACCAUCGCCUUCUUCUCUUUCUGGCUUCUGGCUGCGUCCCAGAUGAGCGCACCUGCAAUGUACUCAUUGCCCGCCUUCUUGAUUCUCAGAACCCAUAUAGCACAUUGCUUGUUCUUCGCCGUUUGGUCGAUGCCAAGCCUGAAUUCGUACCUUCUUUGGUCAAUUACAACCGCUUGAUCAAUCAGCUGUGCAUGUUAUCGCGACCUGGUGAAGCCCAUAGCCUGUUCUUUGACAUGAUAACUCGAGGGCAUUCUCCAAAUGCAGUUUCCUAUACUACUUUAAUCGGUGGUUAUUGUCAAAUUGGCGAAGUCGCUCUUGCUCAAAAAGUGUUUGAUGAUAUGCGCGAGAGUAAUGUGGCGCCCAAUUCGCUCACAUACAGCAUCUUGCUUCGUGGGGUUCUGCGGAAACGGGGGGUAGAACGUGGAAGAGAACUGAUGUGUGAGCUUUGGGAGAAAAUGAUGGAUGAAGAGGACCCAUCUGUUAAUAAUGCUGCUUUUGCUAAUCUUAUUGGUUCUUUGUGUCGUGAAGGUUUAUUUCAUGAAGUGUUUAGGAUUGCUGAAGAUAUGCCUCAGGGAAAGAGUGUAUCUGAUAAUUUUGCAUACGGGGAGAUGAUUGAUUCACUUUGUAGAGCUGGAAGGAAUCAUGGGGCAGCAAGGAUUGUUUAUAUUAUGAGAAAGAGAGGGUUUACUCCAAGUUUAGUAUCAUAUAAUUCUAUUGUACAUGGGCUUAGUAAGGAGGGUGGUUGUAUGAGGGCUUAUCAAUUGUUCAAAGAAGGAAUUGGAUUUGGGUACUUUCCAUCUGAGCAUACUUACAAGGUCCUGAUAGAAGCUUUUUGCCAGGAGUCUGACCUCUGCAAGGCCUGGGAACUUCUCCAAUUCAUGUUGAAUAGAGUAGGAGCAGAAAAUACUAGAAUUUACAAUAUUUUUCUGAGAGCUCUUUGUCUUACAAAUAAAACAACUGAGCUUCUGAAUGUUCUUGUUUUCAUGCUUGAGAGUCAGUGCCAGCCUGAUGUAAUUACCCUCAAUACAAUUAUUAAUGGGUUCUCCAAGAUGGGAAGAAUUGAAGAUGCCUUGAAGGUGGUACACGAUAUGAUGAUGGGCAAAUUCUGCGCACCUGAUGCUGUAACCUUCACCACUGUUAUUUCUGGAUUAUUAAAUGCAGGUAGAACUGCAGAAGCUCUUGACAUACUCCACCGCAUUAUGCCUGAAAAAGGUUUUAGUCCUGGUGUUGUCACUUACAACGCAGUUCUACGUGGCUUGUUAAAAUUGCAUCAGGCAAAUGAAGCAAUGGGGGUUUUUAAUAGCAUGACUAAUAACAAUGUGACUGCCAACAGUACAACUUACGCAAUAAUAAUUGAUGGAUUAUGUGACUCUGACCAGCUAGAAUGGGCUAAGAGGUUCUGGGAUGAAGUUAUUUGGCCCUCAAAGAUUCAUGAUGAUUUUGUUUAUGCGGCCAUUCUGAAGGGGCUGUGCCGUUCAGGCAAACAGAAUGAAGCGUGUGAUUUUUUGUAUGAACUGGUAGAUUGCGGGAUAAAGCCAAAUAUUGUGAACUAUAACAUUUUAAUUGACAAUGCUUGCAAGAUAGGGUUGAAGAGAGAAGCUUAUCAGAUUAUGAGGGAAAUGAGAAAAAAUGAACUGGCCCCUGAUGCUGUAACAUGGAGGAUUCUAGAUAAGUUACAUCGCAAAGAGAAAAAGUAUUUCUGUUCUGAGGAUUCAGCUUCGCUGUCUGAAGAGAUUUUACAGGAGUCAGAGUGAAGAUAAUUUGCAUAAGUGAACCAGAACUGGAUUCAAUGACCAAAAUCAUGGAAAAAUUGGAAUGAUCCUGGUUGGGUGGAUACAUGAAUCAAUGAUUGUUUUUAUAUUGACUCAGUCAGGGAGCGUUACCUCGACUUCAAGAAGCACCAUCAGAAAGAAGGGACUGAGGGAACCAUGCGUCUUAUUACCUAUUGGUUAUGCAGUCAAUGAAGAUUUUUUUUCAAGAUUAGAUGCCACAGGACCAAAUGGUUCUGUUGUGAAGGAAUUUUAUUUAGUGCCAGGACAGCAAUAAAUCACAUUGGAACUCAGAGUAAGUAGUUCCAUUCAAUAUAGGAAUAUUGCAAACUUGAUCCGGGGUUCCCUUGCACAUAGGGUGCUUUUUAAUAUCAUUAGUCAUCUCAGGGAACUGGCAAUGGAUUGUUGUCAGAUGAAUGUCUUGGGAAAAAAUGGCAGCAGAUGAUAUAAAGGUUUUGGUGGAUUCUUUUUCUGUUCAGUGUGGGAUCAUUCUUCAAGCUCUAAACUAAGAUUUGGGACUAGACUAAUUUGAAGGACAUAAAUUGUUUUGGUGACUCAAAGUUAAAGGUUAAGAAUAUAGCUUGAUGCGUUAAAUCAUUACUGCCAGAAUCCAGGCCGUUCAAAGUUCUCAUUUAUCAUGUAUCAAGUUCUUAAUUUUGGGUACAGUUCUAUCUGUGUUAACGAACCAAUUAAUUUUCGCUGUGCUAGUUACAGGUGGUUAAUUUUAUGAAGAAUCUAUGCCCUUCUUCGUGGCCUUUCAUAGGUGCACUAUUGCUGUACCUGCCUCCUUUACCUCCUUGCUUGCAUGUCUGUUGAACUUCAACUUCAAUAUCAAAGAGUAUGCUGUAUGCAUAUAGAUUCAUGG